AUGACCAUUGCCUCAAGAGCUCUCUUUCUCUUCCACAAAUCAAUCACAAUAGCAAGCACUCUAACAAAACCAAAGCCCCAAGAUUGGAGAAUUCAAUUCGAACAAACCCAAUUAGUUUCCCAAAUUUCAUCUAUUCUCUUACAAAGACAAACAAAUCAUUGGCCUUCACUUCUCAAGAACCUCAAACUCUCUUCCUCACAACAAUUAACUCCAUCUCUCUUCCUUCAAAUACUCCACAACACCAAAACUAACCCACAGGUCUCUCUACACUUCUUUCAGUAUGCAAAAAACAAUCUUGAAUUCCAACCUGAUGUUAAAGUUCUUUGUAAACUUGUAUAUAUACUUCUCGGGUCAGGACUAUCCAAACCCGCAAAACCCAUAUUGGAUUCUCUCAUUCAAACAUACCCACCACCCCAAAUUGUUGGUUUCUUGAUUCAAUCAUUGAAUGUUGCUGAAAUUGACACUCAGUCUUUAGUGUUGAGCUCGGUUCUUGAAUGUUAUUGCAAUAAAGGUUUGUUCUUGGAAGCUCUUCAGGUUUAUCAAAUAGUUAGAGAAUAUGGUUGUUUGUUGUCUAUUAAUUGUUGUAAUACUUUGCUUAAGUUGCUGUUUAGUAAGAAUGAGUUAAGACUGGCUUGGUGUUAUUGUGGUUGUAUUAUUCGUAAUGGGGUUCAGGAGAAUGUGGUUACAUGGUCUUUAAUUGCUCAGAUGCUGUGUAAAGAUGGGAAAUUUGAGAAAAUUGUUGCUAUUCUUGAAAAGGGUGUAUGUAGUCCUGUUAUGUAUAACUUACUGAUAGAUUGUUACUCUGAGAGAGGGGAUUUUGAAGCUGCAUUUGGUUAUUUAAAUGAGAUGUAUAGGAAAUGUAUUGAUCCCAGUUUUAGUACUUUUAGCUCAAUUCUUGAUGGUGCUUGCAAAUAUCAAAACGCCGAAGUGAUUGAAUCGAUGAUGAGUUCCAUGGUGGAAAAAGGAUAUCUCCCGAAUGUUGUGACACCUGACUAUGAUUCUGUGAUUCGAAAGUUCUCUGAUAUCGGAAAAACAUAUGCAGCGGAAUUGUUUUUCAGGGAAGCUUCUGAAAAAGGGAUUAAGCUACAAGACAAUACUUACGGCUCUAUGCUAAAGGCAUUCUCCAAGGAGGGUAGAGCUAAGGAUGCUAUUUGGAUGUACAACAUUAUACUUGAGAGAAAAAUUUGCAUCAGUGACAAAUGUUAUAGUGCCUUCAUGAGUGUCCUAUGCAAUGAAAAUCCAUCAGAGGAAGUUAGCAGUUUGUUGAAAGACUUGAUAGGAAGAGGAUUCGUUCCUCCCAAAUCUCAAAUGCCAUGGUCAUUUGCCAUAGGCGUUGGCGGAGUAUUCUUUCAACAACUUGUGAAGAUGAAGGUGGAUUAUGAAGAUGAAGUGAUUAAUGAGUCAUCCACCAAGCUUUUAUAUGCCACUUUUCUCUACACAUGCGUUGCACGUGUAUGUCCAGUCUUGUAG